ACCAUCUGCAUGUCGCACUCGACACGCAAUGCAACCACCAUCCAUCUUACCUAUCAAUGUCAAUGGAGAUGUCAAUGGAGAUGUAGAUGUGGCUGCUGAAGCGAGUAGAGGCAGGGAGAACGAGGGGAAAAGGUCUCACGAUCCAGCCUGUCAGCUGCGACUACGGCGUGCGCGAGACGGGAAUUGCCAAUCAAGGCCAUACACCUCGACUUCUAUCAUGUAUGUCUUCAGCUUCUUUUCUUUUCAUUUCUUUUCUUUUCUUUUCUUUUCUUUUCUUUUCUUUUCUUUUCUUUUCUUUUCUUUUCUUUCCCAUUCCUUCUUUACGACAAAUCCCGAGUCUGCCAUCCAAAAUGCUGUUGACCGCAUCAUCAGUAUGCCUGUACAAGCCGUACUUGUUCCUAUACUUCCUCGAGUUGAUACCACCUUACCUCCCAGUCUGUAACAUCUGAUAUCAGUGGCCCUAUUCGGGAGCUGCUCUGUCGGGGCAAUGGCUCUGUAGAUCAUGGAGCUAGCCCAAGGAUUCAUCUCCAAAGGCCCGAUCACCCAGGCCUUGGGACUUACACCCGCGUCCGCACGCUACUAGCGGAAAUACACUGCCACAAUUUCCACGAUCUUGUUGCACAUCCAUCU